CAACAACGUUUAACCCACCAACACACAACAACAAUAAUAAAAGGUUGCUGUUGUUUGGUAUAGCGAGUUGAGUCGGGACUUGAGAGUGGAGCGAAGAAGAACACAACAACUAACACGGCUACAUGCGCGGGUAACAAAACCUCAUUAACCUGUAAAUGUGCCACUUUGGAUGUUAGUUAGGCGAUUACAUUCGUAGAGUGAGGGUUGUGUUUUUUUAACGGCGAAAACAUUAAUCCGGAUAUCGGCAAUCAGGCGGCGUGCGGUGAUCAUAGUGAUUAAACAGAGACUGUGCGUGGGGGAUGCGCGCUUUGUGAGUGCAUAUGAAUAAAGAUAAACGGGAGCUGUUUUAAAAUUUCCCCAAAAAUAUAAAAGAAAAACAAAAGGAUUAACGAAUCUUUCCGUAAAACAAAAAAGGAUAUACUUUUUUGAAUAAAGUUCUUAAAAAUGAAAAUCGUUAUAAAUAAAACAGUUGUCAUAUGGGCAUCAAUUAUUGCCCUUGCAAUUUUGGCCUUAACACUGGGUCUGGUAUUUGGCCUGAAAUCAGAUAACGAACCAACUAUCACAGGUGCCGUAGUGUCCAAUGGUAGAGGAUGUGCCGAAAUUGGCGGAAAAAUGCUUACCGAUGGUGGUACCGCUGUGGAUGCUGCCAUUGCCACUCUGCUUUGUGAGGGUGUCAUCUUAACCCAUAGCAUGGGUAUUGGUGGAGGUUUUGUGGCUACUAUUUAUACCAAAUCGAAACGUAAAAUCGAAACACUUAUCGCUCGUGAAUCGGCACCUGCUGCUGCCUUUAAGGAUAUGUUUGUGAAUCAAACUUCAGUUACGGGUGCGAAAGCCGGAGCGGUCCCAGGAGAAAUUCUUGGUUAUUGGGAAAUGCAUCAACGCUAUGGCCGUUUGCCAUGGGCCGUACUUUUUGAGCCUACUAUUAAACUUUGCCGUGAAGGUCACUGGGUAUCCAAGUACUUGGCAUCAGCAUUACGUUCUAAAGAGGAGCAAAUAAGAAAUGAACCAUCUAUGGCAGAAAUAUUUGUCAAGGAAGAUGGCAGCCUCUACCAAGAAGGUGAAUACAUGAAACGUUUGGCCUUGGGUGAUACUUUGGAAAGAAUUGCUCAAAAUGGAGUUGGAGAAAUGUACGAUGGUGGUGAGACAGGCAAAAUGUUUGCUGAGGAUAUACAGGCAAUGGGAGGCCUAAUAACGGAACAGGAUUUAAAGAAUUACAAGGUUAAAUGGGAGGAUACCAACCACGUGGUAGCUAACGUCACCGGAGGCUAUACUUUGUAUACCACACCUCUGCCCUCCAGCGGUGUAUUGCUGGCUUACAUUUUAAAUGUAAUGAGUGAAUUGUAUACCACAGAUCGUCCUGUGUACUGGCAACGUGUUAUGGAAACUUAUAAACAUGCCUAUGGUCGUCGUACAAACUUGGGUGAUAUGGAAAAUGACCCGGAGAUGUAUGAUAUCAUUAAGGAAACUUUUGAGAAACUAACUAGCGAUGAAUUCGCCGCAGAAACCCGCCAUCUUAUUUUCGAUAAUAAAACUUUUGAAGAUUUAUCCUAUUAUGGCGCCAAUUUCACAAUUGAAGAAGACCAUGGUACGGCUAACAUGGCAGUACUGGCUGCCAAUGGCGAUGCCAUUACAGUCACCAGCACUGUAAACAACUACUUUGGCUCAAAAGUACGCUCUAGACGUACUGGCAUUAUAUUGAAUGAUGAAAUGGAUGAUUUUUCAACACCCGGUUUAGUAAACUCUUUUGGAGUUCCCGCAUCUCCAGCUAAUUACAUAAGACCUGGCAAACGUCCCAUGUCUUCAAUGUGUCCAGCAAUUAUUUUGGAUAAUGAUGGUAAUGUGCGUAUGUUGGUUGGCGCUGCAGGAGGCACUAAAAUCACUACUUCGGUAGCCCAGACUAUAAUCAAAUAUCUAAUAUUCAACGAACGCCUAGAAGAGUCUGUCAAUGAUUGGCGUUUACAUCACCAACUCGUACCUAUGAGAGUUGAUGCUGAAGCCGAAGUACCUAUCGAUAUUCGUGAUUAUCUAUCUAAAGCUGGUCAUGUUCUCAACGUUUCACCAGAAGGCAGUGGCUUUGCUGCCUUAACAGCCAUUGGUGUUCGCACUGGAGUACCCGAACCUUUUUAUGAUCGCCGAAGGGUUGGUAGUACCAUAACUAUAUUUGCAGUCAAUAAAAUGCAACAUUGAUGAAAAACGCCCACUUGCCAUUUUUGUAAAAAAGUAAAGAAAAAUAAUCGGUAUUAAAUUCGUUAGUUAACUACUUAUUUCUAUGUGUGCAUGUUCCAAAGCAUACAUAUGUAAAUGCUCUGUAAAUAUGAUGUAAAAUUAUGCUGUACAAUGUAUUUUAAGUUAUUGGUACACUAAUUUGAUGUGUUAUGCCCGUUUUUUGUCAGUGUAGUAACUAUUCAGGGACGUUUAAUUUUAAGGACUUGAAAUACUGUAUUUGUGAUUUGUUUUUUACUCUACCCCAUACGAUUUUAUUACUGUAAUAGUUUUACUUAUAGUUUUUUGUAAAAUUAUAAAAAGAACAAUAUUAAAAAAAUUUCGUAAAACAUAAAUAACCUCAAAA